AUGUAUCAAAAGAAACGUGGACGGCCAAGAAAGUAUGCUCAUGAUGGAAAAGUCUCUUUAGGCCUUUCUCCAAGGCCUUGUGUUAUUAAGAAGUCUAAGGACUCUUCUUCAAUGUCUGAUCCUAAUGCACCUAAACGAGCCAGAGGUCGACCUCCUGGAACUGGAAGGAAGCAACGCUUGGCUAAUCUUGGUGAGUGGAUGAAUACAUCAGCUGGACUUGCUUUUGCACCUCAUGUGAUCAGCGUUGGAGCAGGAGAAGACAUCGUUGCAAAAGUUUUGUCAUUUUCACAGCAAAGACCUCGGGCACUUUGUAUAAUGUCAGCCACUGGAACAGUUUCUUCAGCCACUCUGCGUCCACCUACUCUAACCGGACCUCACUUAACAUACGAGGGACGUUUUGAGAUUCUAAGUUUUGGUGGAUCGUAUCUGGUGAAUGAAGACGGUGGAUCCAAAAGUCGAACAGGCGGGUUGAGUGUCUCACUUUCUGAUCCCGAAAAUCGUGUUAUUGGCGGUGGGAUUAGCAUGCUUAUCGCAGCCAGCCUUGUUCAGGUGGUGGCAUGUAGUUUUGUAUACGGAGCAAGUGCAAAGUCUAAUAUUAGCAAUAACAAGACCAUCAGACAAGAUAAAGAACCAAAGGAAGAGCUCAACAAUAGCGAAGUGGAGGCCACACCGGGUAGUGCACCAGAAGGUGCAGCAUCGGCAGUUCAGCAGACGCCACAGAACUUCCCAGCUCAGGGAAUGAGCGAAUGGCCUGGUUCAGGCUCAGGCUCAGGAAGGUCACUUGACUCGAGCAGAACCCUACUCACUGAUAUUGAUUUGACUCGUGGAUGAUUCCAAACAGAAACAUUAUUAGUCUUUCUUUGAAGCAGCAGCAGCAGCAUACAGGAUGUGAGUGCUGUACAUAUCUUUGUUGUUGUAAAUUUCUCUCUGGGAAUGUUAAAACCAGACAUUUUCAGGAUUAAGAACAGAACUCUCAGUUCCUUCUAACAUUGUUAACGUAACAGAACCCUUCCACUUUAUGGCUAUUUAAGGAGAUUUUAACUCUUUA